CUUCUGAAAAGGAAAAUAAAAACAAAGUUUCUUCAAAGAAAUGUCUUCAGCUUUCCCAAGCUCAAACCUACUUCACUGAAGUGGGUUUUUUUUGUGUGUGUGUGUGUGUGUGGAAAUAAUCUAAAACCCAAAAUCAACAACAUCAAAUAUUCUUAGUAGUUUCUUGCUGAACGUUUUCAUUUCCCCCCUCUUUAACAAAGAUCGUUAGCCGUUGUGUCAAAAUCAAGUCUUUUUCAGGGUGUUCUGUGAUGAUUCAGUUAAUGUUUCUGGUUCUUUUCAUGGAGGGCAUAAUGGCAUUCCUUCUGCUGGUAAAGAUUGGACCUUUGAGAGAGCUCAUCAUAAAGAGCUUAGAUCAGUUGAAGAUGGGGAAAGGCCUGGCAACCAUGAAAACCAUUGCCGGCACCAUGUCUGUGAUUCUUUUAUCCAGUCUCAUGAGCAUUUUCAAGAUCCAGAACAAAGGUGCAAAGCUUGGUACCAUGUCACCUAUGGAUCAAGUUCUCUGGAGAACCCACUUGCUUGAAGCUUCACUUAUGGGUUUCACCUUAUUUCUAGGGUUCAUAAUUGACCGUAUGCACCAUUAUAUUAGAACACUUAUAGGGUUAAGGAGUAGCGCCGGAUCUUCGAAAGAGGAAGUCCAACGUCUUCAGGAAGAGAGAAUGCAGCUUAAAGAGAAAGACGACAAAGCUUCCAUGGAGCUAAAGCUUCUGAAAGAAGAAAUUUCAACCCUAUCACGGAAUUUGAAGAAGGUGAAGUCGGAAUCCAAAGAGAAAGACAAAAAGAUUGAAAUUGCUGAAGCACAUAUUGUUUCCCUCCAAAAGCAAUCUGCAGAUUUACUACUCGAGUACGACCAUUUAUUGGAAAACAACCAAAAACUUCAGAAUCAAGCUCUAGGGCACAAGAGAUGAGAAAAUCUUGAAAAGAAA